UGCACACCCACUGCCUCGUUUUAGUAGUUUCCUUCUCUACUGUCUCUCUCUCUCUAGAAACAGAAAACUGGAGAUCUAUAGAAUAUUGUGCUGGAGACAGAAAAACUGUUCCUUGUCUAUGAGAAGAAACAUUGUUGCUUAAAGAUAUUGUCAGCAGUUGUGCUUUGGGUUGUCAUUCUUUUUACGGGAGAUAAGGUUGAGAUUAAUGGUUGUUGAAGUUGUUCCUCUAUUGGGGAAUCAGAGUUUGAUCCAAGUGGGUUUUUCGGUUCUUGAUCCGUUUGUUAAGAUAAGGUUUAUGUGGUUUGUGGGUUUGUUUACAUAAAGGUGGUACAGAAAGAGAGAUACUGGAUUGAUUUCCUGGUCCAUUGAGUGAUAUCUUUUGCUGCUUAUUUUUCAAGAGCUGCAUCUGAGUGAAGGGUUUUCUGUUUCAUCACAUCUGAAAGUGGAAUCCAAAGUUUUCCUCCAUUAAUGCAAUUUAUUCAUUGAAGGCAUAAGAUGGAAGAUAGAAUUGUCAAUACACAAAAUGAGUCUCAACAUGAGGAACAUUCAUCCAACUGCUUUAGCGAUGAUAGAAAUUGUUCAGAUACUUCUGAGUUUAAAAAGAAAAGGUUGGUGAGGAGGGAGAAUCCACAACAUAUGCUCACCUUGAAAGUUAAGCAGUUGCAACAGAACAGAAAAUGUAUAGAGGACUCAUUGCUUCGAAGUAUUCAUGUCUUAGGUGGCAUGAUCCCAAAACAUAUGGCGACUCUGGAUGAGAAAUAUCUUCGUCAUUGCCUGGAAUUGAUUCAUAUCAGCGCAUCUAAAACAUCACCUUGCAACACCUCUGUGACCUAUGGCUCUGGAAAUAUGGGCAUUUUCUCUGAUGGCUUGCAUCCUGAUAUAUACAGGAAUGAGAAUGCAAGUGAUCUGACUAGGUUUGUUUUUGAAUGCCCAUUAGCUACUGGGACUGCGAGUGUGGUUGUUAAUCCUACCGGACAAUGGAUUAUAGGCUCGGUUAUGGGUUCCAAGAGUAUGAUAAACCUAUUGAAGAGCCCUUUCUUACAGCAGCUUGGUGCAUUUGAUGAUGCUGAUCUCGAAAGGAGGAGCUUGAAUGAUCUUAAAGAUUCCGCAUCUUAUAAUUUCGUGGGAACUCCGGAUUCGUUAAGUAAUUACUCGAUGCACAAGCUAGAUAAGGACUUGCCAAAUUUGUAUAAACAUAAAUAUGAGUCCAAGACUUUGCAUAACAGGCUUCCUUCUACGUCGAGUACAAACUCUACCUCUUCUGAUUAUUCUUCUGCUGCUUCUGUCUCUAUCAUUCAAGGCAUGCUCCAGUGCACGGGGAAAGCUGGAAUUCUGCAUUUUGUUUUCUCCCUGGAUGAUCAGAAAGAGGUAUAUAUGGCCGACUUAUGUAAAGUUGACUCAGCAGAUGAUAAGUCCCUGGAUUAUAUGUACUUCUUUUAUUCAACAACGGGUGAUCAAAAGGAACACGACAUUCACAAUAAAGAAUCUCGUCUGAUUGGCAAGAUGAGAGUAUCCACUUCUUUCACCUUAUGUCCAAACAACUUGAGACUCCUGGAGACAGAGUUCGUUUUGUUUGCUAUCACAGAAAACUUAGGAGGAGAGAUGCAAGCUUCAAGCCAUAGGCUUAGGAAGAAUAAGGGGCUGUCAAAGAAGGUAGUGGAAGUGUUCAGGCCCAGGCAUUCGUCAAAGCAGAGAUCUUUGUCAAGAUUUGGUGGAUCCAGCACCAUACUGGAAAACAGUUUGUGGGAGUCGCACCAUGAUGCAGACAGCAAUUUUGACUCGUCUGGUGGGAUUAAUAUUCCAGAAAAUUCCUUUCCACCAAAUCUUGAAUUGUCUGUCAUUGUCGUGAAAGAUCAUCUUCCUGAUAAUAGUCGAGAGAAAGUUGGAGGUUGGGGCUUGAAAUUUCUCAAGAAAGUAGGAAUUCGGCAAACUACUGAUACCAAUGAGUCCUUAGUUUCUGCUACUUGUGCUCGAGAUAGUGGUGAUUGUUCAAUGAGUAUGACAGUUGUAAUUCCAUCGGGUCUUCAUGGAGGGCCAAGGACCAGAAAUGGUGGUCCUUCUGGUCUUCUCGAAAGAUGGAGAUCUGGUGGGCAGUGUGACUGUGGUGGUUGGGAUCUAGGAUGCACAUUGAGGGUGCUUAAAGCCAAACCGAGAAAAGCAGAAAUUGUUCCCCAUGCAGAUACACAGGGAGAGUGCAAGUUAGUUGAUUUAUUCCUACAGGGCUCAGAGGAUGAUUCUCCCACCUUGAGGAUGGUGAAUGUCCAUGAUGGAUUGUAUUUUAUUCAUUUUCAAUCAACAGUAUCAGCUCUACAGUCUUUCUCCGUUGCAGUGGCAUUUAUCCACACACAGAGUCCAACCCUACGUCCCAAAACUGUACAGGAUUUGUAGUAGCAGCAUAUUUUUUGUUGAGUAUUUUGUAGCUGGAACUGUUACUGUAUACCUUUUCUGUAGGUUGAAACUGAAGUAUCUAUACAUGCAUAGUGGUGUAGGUUUGUUUUGGACGAUUAUUAUUAUUUUUUGGCUUUGUGUCUAGUUUGAGGUUACCAUGUCAUUUUAGGUCAAUUGGUACUUGCUAUUGAUUGGGUGUUUCAGCCUGAGUGUUUUCAUAAAAAUUUUCUUGUAAUAUGCUCUGUUUUGAUUGAAUGUAACACCUAUGAUAAAGUGCAUUUGAUAUUGAAUCAUCUUGAUGUCCA